GAAGUCGGAUUUGUCAGUGUCUUACAUAUAUCUGUGGAUGUUACACUGGAAAGACUGGAGAGGCAUUCCUUUCACAACCUGAGGAAAAUCACUCAUAUAGAAAUACGGAACACGAGAAGUCUGACAUCCAUUGACCCUGAGGCCUUUGACAGUCUCCCAGGCUUAAAUUAUUUGGGAUUACUAAACACUGGUCUCAUAAGCUUCCCAGACCUUAACAAGAUUCAUUCUGAUGCCAUGGACUUCAUUCUAGAACUUGCUGAUCAUCCAUACAUCACGACAAUUCCAGCCAACUCAUUCAGUGGCAUAACCAACCAAAUGCUGACGGUGAUGCUCUACAACAACGGCUUCUCCGAGAUCCAAAGCCAUGCUUUCAACGGCACCCAGCUCGAUAAUGUAGACCUACACAGAAAUAAAUAUUUAACGAUGCUGGACGAGAGGAUGUUUGCUGGCGUCAUCAGUGGACCCACGUUGCUAGACAUCUCAGAGACAAGUGCGGCGUCCCUGCCGAGCAAAGGCCUGGAGUCGUUACGGGAACUUAAAGCCCAGUACGUGUGGGCCCUCAAAAAACUCCCUCCCAUCAAGACCUUCCGACAACUCACAAAAGCCGACCUGACCUAUCCCAGCCACUGCUGCGGCUUUAAGAACCUCAAGAAAAAAAGAGGAUACAUCGAGUACAUUAUUUGCAACUUGACCGCUCUCUACGAACAGCACCAUAAGAGAUCCGUCGGGACACUGCGCGUCCCGACCCUACAAGGUCACUCGGACGAGGACGGCGACUCUGAGGACGGCGUCUUCAAGGACGCCGCGGACUACCGCGACUUCCACCUCAGCCCGCACUACCACGCCUACUUCUUUGGCGGGCAGCACAACGAGGACGUGGGCUUCGGCGAGACGCUCAAGAACCCCCAGGAGGACACCAGCCACUACUUCGAGAGCCGCUACGAGUACGUGAUGUGCGAGGACGGCGUGGAGGUGGAGUGCCGCCCGGCGCCGGACGAGUUCAACCCCUGCGAGGACAUCAUGGGCAUGGGCUUCCUGCGCGUGUCCGUCUGGUUCGUCAGCCUGCUGGCCAUCCUGGGCAACCUGCUGGUGCUCCUGGUGCUGCUGACCAGCCACUACAAGCUGUCCGUCUCGCGCUUCCUCAUGUGCCACCUGGCCUUCGCCGACCUGUGCAUGGGCAUCUACCUGCUGCUCAUCGCCUCCGUGGACCUGCACACGAGCGCCGAGUACUACAACCACGCCAUCGACUGGCAGACGGGCCCCGGGUGCGGCCUGGCGGGCUUCUUCACGGUCUUCGCCAGCGAGCUGUCGGUCUACACGCUCACCACCAUCACGCUGGAGCGCUGGCACGCCAUCACCUUCGCCAUGCGCCUGGACCGCAAGCUGCGCCUGUCCCACGCGGCAGCCGUCAUGCUGGGCGGCUGGCUCCUGUGCUUCCUGCUAGCACUACUCCCGCUCGUGGGCGUCAGCAGCUACCAGAAGGUGAGCAUCUGCCUGCCCAUGGACACGCAGUCGCUGGUGGACCAGGUGUACAUCGUCUCGGUGCUGGUGCUCAACAUUGUGGCCUUCCUGGUCAUCUGCGCCUGCUACGUCAAGAUCUACUGCACCGUGCACAACCCCGACUACCUCUCGGCCAGCAAGGACACCAACAUCGCCAAGCGCAUGGCCGUGCUCAUCUUCACCGACUUCCUGUGCAUGGCGCCCAUCUCGUUCUACGCCAUGUCGGCGGUGCUGGACCGGCCGCUCAUCACCGUGUCCAACUCCAAGAUCCUGCUGGUGCUGUUCUACCCGCUCAACUCGUGCGCCAACCCCUUCCUCUACGCCAUCUUCACCAAGGCGUUCCGCGGCGACGUCUUCAUCCUGCUCAGCAAGGUGGGGCUGUGCGAGCGGCAGGCGCAGCUGUUCCGCGGGCAGACCGUCUCCUCCAAGGGCAGCAGUGGCGGCGGGCACAGCCGGCGCGAGCGGAAAGGUCCGGAAGAGAUGCCCAUGCACUUGCGCAUGGAGUGCUCCGGCCAUACCUACUUGCCGGCCGUGCAGCAAGUGACGGCCAAGGAGGAGAACGGUGAGAAGAAGACCCAUGAAGCCUUGCAGGGUUCAAGGAUACCAGAGUAG